AUGUGGCCGCUGGGACGGAUGCGGCCCUUCAGCCCGCGCCCGGCGAUGGCGCGAAGCCCGAGGGGCCCGGGGCGCCCGCCGGCGACGGGCCGCUUGCUGGCGCCGGAGCGCCUGCAGCACCCCAGCCCGAGCCUGCGCGCGCGCUGGCGGAGCCGCCUGGCCCCCGCGCCUGCCAGCGCGGCUUCGCCCUGUCUGCCCGAGGUCCACGAUGCGAAGGUAGUCGACUUGCUGCGGGCAAUGCCCUUUAUGCCCUUCGAGUCCGCGUGUCUCACGUCGCUGACGGGCCUGAAGAUGUACCCCGGCAAGAUCGCAGCUUCGGGGGGCCUGAAGGACAUCGAGGAAUAUGUCGACAAGUUGCAGUCCACCGACAGCUUGUUGAAGCAGCUCUGCGAUUCCAUCAAGGUGGCCGCAAGGGACUUGCUCCGGGCCGUGAAGCAGAGCGAGACGGACUUGAAGAAGGACAGAGCGAACCAGCAGAAGAAGGAGCAGGCGACGAGGGACGCCGCGGCCAAGGUGAUGGAGCGGCGAGAGAUGCCCCGGCUGAGUUCCGUGAAGGAUUCUCUUUGCUUCAAGUUGAACUUGACGGAGGCAGGCCACCCGUCGGUCCAGGCGAUGACGGAGGAGGCGUGGGGCGCCGCGAAGGCGAAGUCGCCGGAUGCGUUCUAUUCGGAGCCCAGAUUGUUGCAGAACCCGCGGGCUUUGGUGGAUCUGUGCGCGGCAGGCCCCCCCGAGGACGCAUCGCCGCGGGCCGUGUUCGCCACCGCGCUGGGCAGGUGCAAGGACGCCUUCCCGCUUCAGACAGAGGCGCUGCGCUCGGGCAAGAUCGUCGCCCCAGUGCUCGGGCCGAUGGGCCGCUCCGAGGUUGCGAAGGCCUUCGCCCAGUACGUCGGCGAAAACGAGAAGGUCUCAUCCCGUCUUCCCGCCUACGCCGGGCUCGCCAACAGGAUGCACAUGUACGGCAGCCUCGCCGACGCGAUCCACUUCGGCACGGAGGCGAAUUUCAUGGCGACCCUGUGGUUCCAGAAAUGCGGCACCACCAGAUUCCUGAUGGUGUCCCCAACGUCGGUGAAGGGGAUGAGCGAGGGCAACCUCACGUGGGACACCUUGCGGCACGCCAUCAAGGACAUGGCCGAGAAAGAUGCCAAGGCUUACCAUUCGAAGGGUUUCGAAAUCUUCACAGCCGUGGUUGAGCCAAACAUGAUGCUCAUGGUCCCAGCAGGGUGGGUCAUUGCAACCGCCUCGGUCGUGCAGGCGCGUGAGGACCAGGUUGCUGUGCAGGCGACUUUCCUGCCCAAGAUCUGUGCCAAGUCAGCGGCAGCGACUUUGCAGUGUGCGAAAGCGUUUAACCCUCCCGCCGCAUCUCUCAAGGUUAUUGACACCUUGCUUGAUGUGUGCACGAUGGCGCAGGACGAACAGGAAGCAGCUAUUUAA